CCGCCAUGUUGCUUGCUACUCCAACAUAGAUCGGUGCCGUCUGUAGUGCCACUCUACUUUAAUCACACUCUGAGAUAUUUAAAAUCUUAACUGUAAAACCAUUCAGUACCCAACAUGUUGCGAGUCUGUGAGAAACUUCGCGCAGUGGACGCCAAGAGUACGAGACAGGGACUGGUGAGUACGGAGACAGACUACCUCCGUGCCCUGCUGGACGCCAUGGCGAACAUGGACAGGUCGGUGGAAGUGGAGGUGCUCAAAACUCUGGGUGACGUGAAUGUAGAAAAGGGGAGACUUAACAAAAUCCCGGAGAAGUUCGACAAGGCCAUGGUGUUGUACAGGACAGCACUGCUCCGAAGUAAAGACGCAGAUGUGGAUGAUAGUCUUGAAUAUCGUUACCAUUAUGCAGAGAAAUUAAGGUUAGGGAAGCGAUCAACUGCUUCGAGUAGUUAUGAACCCCUUACUGUCGACAAGAAACUGUCUUCAGUUGCCAAAGUAGCCGAAAAGUUCCAACACCUUGACCGAAAAUUGACUGUUGGUGGCAACGAGAAGUAUUUAUUGAUUGAGUGUACCAAGUUAGUGAUAGAAGGGAUCGUAAACGAUGACAAUAUAUUGGAGACGGAAGCGAUCAAGAGUCUGGGUGACGUGUAUCUGAAAAGAGGUACAGAAACUAAAGACACAACAAAUCUGACCAUGGCCACUGCUCUGUACAACACUGCACUGUCACGAUGUGAGGAGUUUCAAGGCAAAGUGGCACUCAUUCACCGCUUAAAGUACACGGCAAGAAUCAGGCAAGGAACGAAAACGGUAAAAAAUCAGUGUUCAAAGCACAGAGCACGACAACAACAGGGGCACGUUUCACGGGACUUCCCAAUGACGUCACCCAACACUGUUGCCAUUGGUGCCUCAAAGAGUCAACAGUCUGUAGCUAGGUCUUACGAAGAUCACCUGGCAAUAGGGGACCAAGCACUGGCUGAUGGGAAGCUUGACGUGGCGGAACAGAACUUUGCGUCUGCUCUGAGACUGAUUCACGAUCCUAAACAACCCAAUCGGUGUAAGGAGGCCCAAUGCCUGUGCAGACUGGGUGACGUUUACGCUCGGCGAGGCAAGAUAACAAGAGAAGGUAGAAAAUUCACACAAGCAGCAUCCUUGUAUAACGCAGCAUUGGUCAGAACAGGGCUGGACAAAUCUAAUGUCGAGUUGAUAAAACGGCUUCAAGACACAGAGAAAUGGUUUCUCCAGUACACUGCCAAUGUAGACACCAACAUGGGCUCCCCUGAUUCGUACAAACGUCACCAGAAGCGCCUUAAAGAGAUGCGCACGCGCGCUAAGUCACAACUUGACGCCAUUGAUCAGCAACACAAUCCGUACCAAUACGACGAGGAUGAUCCGGUCAUGAUAACAGUCGAGGCUGAGCGAGCUGAAGCAGUCAAGGCAUUAUUCAAGAACAUCGCCAAGGAUAGACAGUAUUUUAUCCAUGACCUUGUUAACGAAUGCAUAGCCACACUCGGCCCCCCUCCAUGUAAGUACGCUUUCAUCGGAUUAGGCUCACAGGCAACAGAACUGGUCACACCCUACUCUGACCUGGAGUUCGCCAUUCUGAUUGAGGAAGGGAAAGACAAUGACGACACAAGGCGGUACUUCCUCAACCUUACACACUUCUUACACCUGAAAGUCAUCAACCUGGGAGAGACCAUCCUCCCAGCCAUGGCCAUCCCGUCACUCAACGAUUUUCAAUCCGACGACCCGGGGAAAGCCUGGUUCUUCGACUCUGCCACACCUCGUGGCUUUGCCUUCGACGGCUUCAUGCCUUGGGCCAGUAAGACUCCAUUUGGAAGAGACCAGACGAAGACCAAGCUUCCCGUUAGCCUAAUUCAAACCCCUGCCGAAAUGGCAAAGUUUCAGCGGCUAGAGGUUACCCUAGCAGAAGGGUACCACCUGUCCGACAUCCUCAGGCGGUGUACUUUCCUAACUGGGGAAGAAAGUCUGACAGACGAGUAUAUGAGAAAACUAAGUGAAAUCAUGACGGAUGACCUACUUUCGCCCAUCCAAUCCUGUCAAUCUGCUAUGCUAGUCUUACUGUUGGAUAACAGGGGGCAGUUUUUCUCCCGCGAGCCUACUGGGCAAUUGAUAAAUGUCAAGAACGACAUCUAUCGUUUUCCAGACGUAGCCUUAGAGCUACUAUCUCUGUGUUAUCAGAUUAACCUUGCUAGCGCAUGGGAUGUGAUAGUUGAACUUAAGGAAACGAAAAAGGUCCACGAAGAGAAUGCAACCCACCUCACGGUACUGACAAGUAUCUCUGCUGAGAUUCGGUUGAGAACAUAUUUGGCCAACGGCGGACAAAAAGACAGUAUGUCCCCUCUUGUGCAAAUGUGUCCCCAAACGCAUCAGUUAUCUCAACAUACGCUGAUGGCAGUAUUCCACAUUCCAAACACCGAAGUCCUUUUUCGAUACCACUGCAGGGCUAUUCCUUUGAAGAAGUAUAUACUAGACAUAGUAAAUAACAGGUUGGGGUUGCAACCUAAAAGGGCAAUAGAAAUGACCAUCUUUGAUGCCUCCAACAAAUGCAGGGGUCAGAUUGCUAGAAACAUGUACCUUUCAGGAAGAGCCAAAGAAUAUUUCGAAGCAGCAAUAAACGAUACAGAAAGGGACGUACUUGAACGCUCGGAUAUACUUGAAGAAUUGGGAAAUCUUUUUGUCUUUGAUGGCAAUAUUACAAAAGCCCUUAGUCGUUUUGAAGAGUCCCUAACCUUGCGCAAACGAUUCUUUGGAGACAGUGCAGCACACCAGAUCAUUGCCGGUUCACUUAGCAACUUGGGAUUGUGUUAUAGUAGAUUAGGCAAUCAGGAAAAAGCAAUCAGCUACUUUGAACAGUCACUAACGAUGAGAAAAACUAUCUGUGGAAAAAACACGGCGCAUACAAACGAUGCUAAAUUACUUCAGAACCUGGGAUCAGCUUGGGGCGAACUCGGUGAUCAUGAGAAGGCAAUCAGCUACUUUGAACAAGCAUUAACGAUGACUAAAAGUAUGUAUGGAGACAACACGGCACAUCCAGCCAUUGCCGUUUCAUUAAGCAGUAUGGGUGCUUCCUUUAUGGAACUUGGUGAUCAACAGAAAGCAAUCAGUUACAAGGAACAGGCACUAACAAUGAUGAAAACUCUCUAUGGUGACAACACAGCACAUCUGGACAUAGCCACUUCAUUAACCAAUAUGGGAUCAUAUUGGAUGGUACUUGGAGAUCAACAGAAAGCAAUCAGCUACCAGGAACAGGCACUGAAGAUGAUGAAAACCAUCUAUGGAGAUCACGCGGCACAUCCGGUCAUUGCCGGGUCAUUACAGAGCUUGGGAUAAUCUUGGAGUGAACUCGGAAAUGACAAGAAAGCAAUAAGCUUCUAUGAAGAGGCAAUGAAAAUGAUGGAAACGAUUUAUGCAGACAACACCCAACAUCUACACAUUGCCGGAUUAUUUAACAAUCUUGGCUCAUCUUGGAGUAAACUCGGUGAUCACAAAAAAAGCAAUCAGUUACUACGAAAAGUCAUUAACGAUUCAAACAACAAUCUAUGGAGACAAUACCGCACAUUCAGACAUCGCCAUGUCACUCUAUAACAUAGGAUUAGCUUGGAGUGAACUUAACGAUCACGAGAAAGCAAUUAGGUACCACGACCAGGCACUAACGAUGAGGAAAACCGUCUAUGGAGACAAUAUAGCACAUCCGGGCAUUGCCCGGUCACUCUACUGUCUGGGGUUAUCAUGGGGUAGACGUGACGAUCACACGAAAGCGAUCAACUACUACGAACAGUCAUUAACGAUGAAUAAAACUAUCCAUGGAGACAACACGGCGCAUCCAGACAUGGCCUCGUCACUUGACAAGUUGGGAUCGUCUUGGAGUAAACUCGGCAAUCACAAGAAAGCAAUCAGGUACUAUGAACAGUCACUAUCGAUGGAGAGAACAAUCUAUGGACAAAACAAGGCACAUCCAGACAUUGCUUGGUCACUUUACAAACUGGGAUUAGAAUGGGGGCAACUUGGUGAAAAGAAGAAAGCAGUCGACUACUUAGAAAAUUUGGUAUCGAUGUUGAAAACUAUCCAUGGGAACACCACGGCACAUCGAUAUCCGGACAUUGCUGCGUCACUUUGCAAACUGGGAUCAGCUUGGAGUGAACUUGGCGAUCACAAGAAGGCAAUUGGCCACUUCGAACAGUCUCUAACGAUGUGGAAAACUACCGAUAGAAACAACGCGGCACAUCCGGACAUUGCUGUAUCUCUAAACAACCUUGGAUUGUCUUGGAGUGAACUUGGCGAUCAGAGGAAAGCAAUCAGCCACUACAAACAGGCAUUAACGAUGAUGAAAACCAUCUAUGGAGACAACACGGCACAUCCUGACAUUACUGCAUCACUAAACAACCUUGGAUUGACUUGGAGUAAACUCGGCGAUCAGAAGAAAGCAAUCAACUACUUCGAACAGUCACUAACGAUGAGAAAAAUUAUUUAUGGAGACAACACGGCACAUGCUGACAUUGCUGAGUCACUAAACAACCUUGGAUUGUCUUGGGGUAAACUCAGUGACCACAAGAAAGCAAUCAGCUACUUCGAACAGUCACUAACGAUGGCGAAAAUUAUCUAUGGAGACAACACGGCACAUCCUGACAUUGCUGCAUCACUAAAGAACCUUGGAUUGACUUGGAGUAAACUCGGCGAUCAGAAGAAAGCAAUCAACUACUUCGAACAGUCAUGAUCACUAGCGAUGAGAAAAAUUAUUUAUGGAGACAACACGGCACAUGCUGACAUUGCUGAGUCACUUCACAACCUUGGAUUGUCUUGGGGUAAACUCGGUGACCACAAGAAAGCAAUCAGCUACUUCGAACAGUCACUAACGAUGGCGAAAAUUAUCUAUGGAGACAACUCGGCACAUCUGCACAUUGCUGAGUCGCUUCACAACCUGGGAUUAUGUUUGAAUCAACUCGGCGAUCGGAAGAAAGCAAUCAACUACUUCGAACAGUCACUAGCGAUGACAAAAAUUAUUUAUGGAGACAACACGGCACAUGCUGACAUUGCUGAGUCACUAAACAGCCCUGGAUUGUCUUGGAGUAAACUCGGUGACCACAAGAAAGCAAUCAGCUACUUCGAACAGUCACUAUCGAUGGCGAAAAUUAUUUAUGGAGACAACACGGCACAUCCUGACAUUGGUGAGUCACUAAACAAACUUGGCUUGUCUUGGAGUAAACUCGGUGACCACAAGAAAGCAAUCAGCUACUUCGAACAGUCACUAACGAUGGCGAAAAUUAUCUAUGGAGACAACACGGCACAUCCGGCUAUUGCUGGGUCACUUCACAACCUCGGAUUAUGUUUGCAUCAACUCGGCGGUCAGAAGAAAGCAAUCAGCUAUUUCGAACAGUCACUAGCGAUGAGAAAAAUCAUUUAUGGAAACACGGCACAUCCUGACAUUGUCAAGUCACUUCACAGCCUGGGAUUAUGUUUUAAUCAACUCGGCGAUUCAUAAUAGAAGAUAGCAAUCAGCUACUUCAAACUGUCACUAACGAUGACAAAAACUAUUUAUGGAGACAACAAGGCACAUCCGGACAUUGUCAAGUCACUUCACAACCUGGGAUUAUAUUUGAAUCAACUCGGCGAUUGGAAGGAAGCAAUCAGCUACUUUGAACAGUCACUGGUGAUGAGGAAAUCUAUCUAUGGAGCCAACACGGCACAUGCUGACAUUGCUGUGUCACUAAACAACAUUGGUUUAUACUCGGAAAUCUCAGAAAAGCAAGGAAUUACUUUAAAAAGUCAUUAACGUUGGUAAGAACUAUAUAAUUAUUGAGAGACACAUCUGUGCUUUCUCGGGACAUCAAGCAUUUUGCAAUCUGUAAUUAGUUUGGACAAAAGUUAGUGAUGUAAAAGAGCGAUUUACUACAAGUAACAGUGCUUGGUGUAUAGAAAUCCUGUAGAAUACUUUUGCAAGAAAUUGAAGAAAAGGUCUUGCAAAUAUCACUUAUAAGGUGCAGUAUUCAACCAUCAGUCUUGGACUUAUCAAAGACACAUUUGGAUGGACCCCUCACUGUACAAAGAAGGUAGGAUAUACUUGAAGUUGAAUUUCCAGUAUGGACUGUGACAUUAAACAUUUUCCUUUUCA